GGAAAGGAGAAAGGAAAGGGAGACGCGGCUGGGUGCGGCGCGGCACGGCUGGGAGACCGGCGGGAGGGCGCCGCCUCCUCCCCCGCCCUCUCCGCUGAGGAUGGAAGUGACGAAAGCAGCCGAGGAGGUCACUUCCUGCUGGGGUGGAUGAGGAGGAGCCGGAGACGCCGCGGAGGAGACGGGACCGAAGACGGACCGUGCCGGCGAGAGCAGGAGGGUGAAAAUGAAAGCAGGCUGUAGCAUCGUGGAAAAGCCAGAAGGAGGUGGAGGGUAUCAGUUUCCUGACUGGGCCUAUAAAACAGAGUCAUCCCCAGGCUCCCGGCAGAUCCAGCUGUGGCACUUUAUCCUGGAGCUGCUGCAGAAGGAGGAGUUCCGCCAUGUCAUCGCCUGGCAGCAGGGAGAAUACGGGGAAUUCGUCAUCAAGGAUCCCGACGAGGUGGCCCGCCUCUGGGGCCGCAGGAAGUGCAAACCACAGAUGAAUUAUGACAAGCUGAGCCGGGCCCUGAGAUACUAUUACAACAAGAGGAUCCUUCAUAAAACAAAAGGGAAAAGGUUUACUUAUAAAUUUAACUUCAACAAGCUGGUGAUGCCCAACUAUCCAUUCAUCAACAUUCGGUCAAAUGGUGUGGUCCCCCAGAGUGCGCCACCAGUGCCAACAGCCUCUUCCCGGUUCCAUUUCCCACCUCUGGAGACCCAUUCCCCGACUAGCGAUGUGCAGCCAGGCCGGUUCUCUGCCAGCUCCCUCCCUGCUUCUAGCCAGGAGCCAAGUAAUGGCACCGAUAGAAAGGUGGAGCUUUCGGAGCUGGAGGAUGGCCCAGCCGCUGACUGGCGCCGGGGCGUGGAUCUCCUGUCCUCCCGGAAUGCUGUCGGUGGAGGGCUGGGCCAUCCGAAGCGCAAGCCUGACAUCAUGCUUCCUCUGUUCACUAGGCCGGGGAUAUACCCUGACCCCCACAGUCCCUUCGCCGUCUCUCCGAUCCCUAGCCGUGGAGGCGUCCUUAAUGUCCCCAUUUCGCCAGCCCUCUCCCUGACUCCCACCAUCUUCUCCUAUAGCCCAUCGCCAGGCCUGAGCCCCUUCACCAGCAGCAGUUGCUUCUCCUUCAACCCCGAGGAAAUGAAACACUACCUUCAUUCUCAAGCCUGUUCUGUGUUCAACUACCAUCUGAGUCCACGGACAUUUCCCCGCUAUCCUGGGCUCGUGGUUCCACCACUGCAGUGCCAAAUGCAUCCCGAGGAGUCAACCCAGUUUUCUAUCAAGCUGCAGCCCCCGCCCGUUGGGCGGAAGAACCGGGAGAGGGUGGAGAGCAGUGAGGAGGCAGCACCUGUCGCUGUUCCCACGCUGGCUCCUGUCCCCCCGAGAAUUAAGGUGGAGCCGGCCCCUGAAAAGGAUCCUGAGAGUCUCCGGCAGCCAGCCCGAGAGAAGGAGGAUCCUUCCCAAGACGAGGGCACUGUGCCAAGCAGGACCACAGAAGAGGAAAAAGGCACCAUCUUUGUCCGCCCAGCUGCUCCGCCCAUCUGGCCCUCUGUACCCAUUAGCACCCCAGGUGAAGAGCCCCUCGAGGUGACUGAAGACAGUGAGGACAGGCCUGGCAAGGAGCCCGGUGCCCCUGAGAAGAAAGAAGAUGCCGUGAUGCCCCCCAAGCUUCGAUUGAAGCGACGCUGGAAUGACGACCCUGGAGCCCGGGAGCUGAGCAAGAACGGCAAGUUCCUUUGGAACGGGUCAGGACCCAGGGGCUUGGCAACGGCCGCUGCUGACGCGUAGAACUGGAAGCUGGAAGCGGAUUGGGAGCUGUUUAUACUAUAAUCAAACACACACAUGUAUUUAUGUAGCAAGAUUUCAGGGCGGGGGUGGGGUGGGGAGGGAAUUAGACUGGUUUGAUCAUUCUAGGGGCAUAGACUUGUAUUUUUAUGUUUGGGGGAUAGGAUAGGGUAUCUUCUGUUGUAUAUUAGGUGGGAUGUGAACACACUUUUUUUCCUGGUGAGUAGGACACGGAACGGGUAUUGAACUGAAAGGAGAAAGAGCCUCUGUUUCCUGGUGGGGCUUACACUUUCUGACAGACUCCCAGAGGGCCAAGAGACCGUCUGGUCCCAGGAUAGUUCAGGUUCCGGACUUCUUGCUUUUCUAUUGUAUUUAUGUAUGGAAAGCCAUUAAUGAAUUUAUUUUGCUCUGAGCGCUAUACAGAAAAGGGAAGGGGGUGUGGUUGGGAGGUUGAGCAGUGAGAGACCAUUAGUACUGAGUGUUUUGCCUGACCUGUUCCUUUACAUUUAUUUCAGGGGAGGAAUAAGAUAAUCUGUCUUACUUGGGCAAGGGAAUGUUCAGAUGUUGCUCUUUUUCUUUUUCCCUUUGUGGUUGUUUGGCUUUUUUCUUCUUUUUCCCCUUCCUUAUAAAAUGUUUUCAGGAAACAUGAAAUGUACUGCCAGUUAGAAUGGAGCUGGGAAGGCACAGGCCCUGAGCCUCCCCUGCAAGGUCAAGACAGGAAGCCCUGCUGUGAAUUUCUUGGACAUCUCACCUACUUCACCUAUCGAGAAGCCAUGAUGAGUCGUAAACUCUUGUUCAGGGAAGAAAGAAGAGGGCAGGAGGAAGUAACCCAAUGCCUUUAAAAAAACAAAAACACAACAAUGUUCUUGGUUGUUUUUUUGGUUUGGUUUUGGUUUUCCAUCCUGGGUUUGGGGAGCCAAACCAAAGUGUGACUGAGCGAGUUCACUGAGAGACAAGACAGAGUCGACGAUGUCUUUCCGUUGGGUCCGGUUCUCUUACUGUUUUCUCGAGUCAAGCCUUAACCAUGAACAUACUUCAACAUGAUACGGGUCUGUCAGCGUGAACCUGUAGAAGGGCAUGGACAACGUUUCACGUAAUCCAGGCGUGUUGAAAAAUGCUUACGUUUUAGGCUGAUAUGUAAUCAUCCCGUCUUGGUGUUCUUGGGAUGGGUAGCAAAAAGGCAGGAUUGAGGGAGUUGAGGGCAUAUGGUACCUGGAAAUGCAGAAGGUAGCUGGGGGUGCAAGUGGAUGUUUAUUGAGACUGAAGGAGGAGGUGGACAGGAGACACAGGAGGCAGGCAUGUGCCAGGAGGCCUGGCAUAAGUGAAAGAGUGGGUGUCUGUCCUGUGCGAUGUUGCCCUUCUUGCGGUACCCAUUCCCCUCGAUUGUUCUAAUUCUCAUGAUCAGUUAACUCUCCUACAUGAAACUCCAGGAAAUUCCCAUCCAUCAACUUGAAAGGAGUGGGAAGGUAUUGAUCUCAAAUGAAGCAAAGGGGGUCUGGGCUAGGGGCAGGGAGAAAGCAGCCACAGCCAGCUGUGCACACGCGUGUGUAAGUACGUAGCGUACGGAAGUACCUAGCAGGCUGAGGUCCACCAACCAACAGGGAGAGAAAAAAAUAACCCGUAUCUGAUGGGGGCGAGGAGUGGGCACAGGGAUGCUAUCUGGAAAUUGGAGAAAUUCCCAACUCCAUCUUAACCGAGGUGAACUCUGUACUAAGAAGCAUUUGAGGGUUGUCUUCAUGGUGUGUGUGUGGGGGGGGGGGGGUCUUUUUUAAACCAGAGUGCAUGCAUGAGCAAGGGGCCUGGGAAAGGUUAGGGCAGGAGAGCAAGUUAUUAGGUGGCUUAAGAUGACUUGAGUCCAUCGUUCUAUUUUUUUAGCACAUGUCCUCCCCCUUGUUUGAUUCAGAUUCCAUGAGUGACUUGUCUUUCCCUGGGAAAGGGAUUAGGAGAGUGGUCCCUAACAGCUCAGGCUUUGGUCAGGCUGCCUUUGGUUAGUUGUGUUUUUGUCAGUUUCUUUCUCUGUACCUUGACUUACCUCGAAUCAGAAAGCAAGCCUGGGCAGCUGGAAGAGGCAUCUCUGCUCGGCAUCGCCCGGUCUAACCAGGGAGGCUGGCUGCCCACCGUCCCUGUCCACUAGUGGGGAGGGCCGGCAGGUGUCAGUAUGAACUCAGGAAUAGAAACAUGAGGCCUUUAAAAUAAGAGGGAGAAAAAAAAUCCGUGAUGCAUACCUGUAACCCCCUAGAACCCAAGUGCCAGAAUUAAUUCCUAGAUGCUGCUUCUGUUUGAACAACAAGUCACUGCUUUUACACUUGAAAAAACACUCAAAAAAUGUUCAACUCCAUGAAGAAUGUUUUUGGCUUUAAGAAGUUGUUUGGUGUUUAACUGUUUCCUUUGAUUGCCAUUCCACCAGUAAAUCAUUGAUUGAUUUGCACUGCACACUGGGGUUGGGGUUGAGGGGAGGGUCCCACACAGAGCCGAACUCAGGCCUGCCCAGGAAGUGAACUAGGGGAUGUGGAGGUCACUGGUAUUUCCUGGGGUAAAGGGGCAGGAGGUAAUUGUUUCUCCCUGAGCCCACUCUUGGCAGCACUUGUCACCAGGCUGGCACGAAGUUAGGCCUUUCUCUUCUGUGAGCAUCUCAUCACUGUCCCAACAGCAGGUGGAAUGGGUGCAGGGGGACAAGACCAGACCUAUUUUCCGGCCCCAGCUUUUCCAACUUUUGCUGUGCCAAAUGUUUAAAAUUUUGCAAAUAUAAAUCUUGAAAUUUUAUUACUCAAGAAUCUGUUCAUGCAACCUGUUAGCCUUUUUGACUAUAGAGAAGAAAAUAGUAGAGAUCCUUUCAGGGCAUCCAGCCUUGUUGAGCUGUUUUUUGUUGUGUUUGUUUUCUAAGAACAGCUAGGAGUGAAAUAUAAACAAUUCACUAAGUCUCUUCAAUCCCCAGUUUGCAAGCUGCACUGCAUUAAACCCAGCUCGCUAACUAACACAGGGAAUUACCGCACCCUAGUCCUCAGUGGGCCAAGAAACUUUCAGAAGCAUUAAAAAAAAAAAAAAAUAGUUGAAGUAUAUCACUUCUCACCAAGCGGGUAGAGUCACUUGGCUGUCUGUCCCUUGUUUUUUAUUUAUUCCAUAAUUAUGUUUGUGUUUCAUGUUUUGUAAACAGUAGUGGAACAUACUUUUAAAUUUUGUUUAAAAAAAAAUUUUUAAUCCAA